GUUGACAGGCGUCUGAUCAUCGUUCUCACUCUCUCCUCAUCUUCGAAGCUCGGCCAUGGAGUUCCCCUUCGGUCACCGCCAUCACCACCACCAGUGCUGCGACGAGGACCCCAAACCCAACCCUCCGCCCGCUUACCAGUCCAGCCCCUACGCCACCAACGAGUACCCGCCUCCUCCCUCCUCCUACCAGCCCGGAUAUGGUCCUCCUCCGCCGCCUUAUGGAGGUGGGCCGGAUCAGCCCUCUUAUCCUUACCAGCGUCCGCCGUCCCAUGCUCAUCACGCCAGCCAUGAGAACUAUAGCAGCAUUGCGUCGCUCCUGAGGCAGCCGUCGGUUAGGGUUUACACCACGGCUGAUGAGAAUUACUCGCUUUCGAUUCGUGAUGGGCAGGUGGUUCUCGUCCCUGCCAAUCCUAGGGAUGAGUACCAGCACUGGAUCAAGGACAUGAAGUACAGCACCAGAGUGAAAGAUGAGGAGGGCUUCCCUGCCUUUGCUCUUGUCAACAAAGUCACUGGGGAGGCUAUCAAGCACUCUGUUGGAGCCACUCAGCCUGUUCGUCUGGUGCCAUACAAUCCUGAUUAUCUGGAUGAGUCUGUGCUGUGGGCUGAGAGCAAGGACACCGGUGGAGGUUUCCGAUGCAUUAGAAUGGUGAACAACAUUCGUCUGAACUUUGAUGCCUUCCAUGGAGAUGAAGACCAUGGUGGUGUGCGUGAUGGAACCACUGUUGUGCUGUGGGAGUGGCUCAAGGGGAAGAACCAGAGGUGGAAGAUUGCUCCUUACUCUCAUCACGUCAGCCACGAGAGCCACAACAGCGCGGCGUUGAUCAGGAAUCAGCCGACGGUUAGGGUUUACACCAAGGCUGAGGAGAAUUACUCGCUUUCGAUUCGUGAUGGGAAGGUGAUUCUCGCUAGGGCCAAUCCUAGGGAUGAGUACCAGCACUGGGUCAAGGAUUUGAGGUACAGCACUAGGGUGAAGGAUGCGGAGGGUUUCCCUGGUUUUGCUCUUGUCAACAAAGUCACUGGGGAAGCUAUCAAGCACUCCAUUGGAGCAACUCAUCCUGUCCGACUGGUACCAUACAAUCCUGAUUAUCUUGAUGAGUCUAUCCUGUGGGCUGAGAGCAAUGACACUGGUGAAGGUUUCCGAUGCAUUAGAAUGGUGAACAACAUUGAAUUGAAUUUUGAUGCUUUUAAUGGAGAUGAGGACCAUGGUGGUGUGCGUGAUGGGACAAUUAUUGUUCUCUGGGAGUGGACGAAGGGAAAGAACCAGAGGUGGAAGAUUACUCCCUAUUGACGAACAACGGUAUCGAUGGUAUCUGGCUGGCUUGUUACUAGUAUUGAAAAAUAAAUUGCCGAUGGAUGGUGGAUGUGUUUAUCUUCCGGCUUCUCUGUCUUACUUAUGUGUGGAUUUUAUGUAUUGAGGUUUUAUCGAAGCCUUACCAUAUGACAUGCAUCUUUGCUUAUUAUCAUGCUUGCUUGUUUGAUCCUUAUAUAUGUAUGAUCAUCGAAUUCAUCAGUAUCUUAAUGGUGUGUUUUGUUGAAUGUAUUAAGACCUACACUAAGUCCUGAGACUUGUUUGUAAUAUGUCAGCCAGUUGGUGUGUUA